GAUUGACAGAUUGGAAGAUUGGAGUCUUGAACAAAGAUUUGAACAGUUAAAAGAAUGAAUUGGUUAUACAGCAUUACUCCAAUAUAUCAAGCACUGGAUAAUCCCCCUUAAAAGAAGCUACUUACUUCCCAUAGCAUUCCCUGUGGUGUCUCCUUGCUGUUUGGAUCACAACCACAGGGGAAGAAGAUCUCAGCCAUGUACAAGCUUCCAACUAGAAGGAUUGUUCCAAGGAAUGGAUAAGACAUUGCUUUUUACUUUUGCCCUUUUGACGAUCUUUACGCCAGUCAAGCCAACCAAAGAUACACGCGCAGCGACCCAAGAGCUUCUACACAACAAGCUGUUCGGAUCGGGAAAGACCAGAAGGUCAUUCUUGCCGCGAGUGAAUGAAAGUGUUCCGGUUGACGUCGAGUUCAAGUUUACGCUGAUUAACAUCAAAGACGUGAACGCAAAGGAACAGUUUAUAACAGUUUACGGCUGGGUUAGACAGAGAUGGACAGACCCUUUUCUUUGCUGGAAUGAGUCAAAGUUUGACGACACGCGCGAAUUGGUGGUCGAUCCACAGCAGAUCUGGGUCCCGGAUAUCUUGCUGUAUAACAACCUUGUUACAUCUCCCAGUGUGGAUGCCCAGGAUCAUACCGCUGGUGGACGAACCACUUACACGACAGACGUGACGCUCAGUAGCGAGGGGGUCGCGACUUGGUCCAGUCCUGCCAUUUUCAAAUGCGUGUGCAACAUCAAUGUCAUCUACUUCCCCUUCGACGAGCAGUUCUGCCACUUGAAGUUCGGCUCUUGGUCUUUGGACAGUUCAAAGAUCAGACUUGUCAACUGGCAUUUAAACGGCAAGUCCACGAGUUACGUCAAAAACGGCGAAUGGGAGCUUUUAGACAUCUCUUCCACACGUAACACAGUGGAGUACGACACUGUGAGCUUUGAUGACAUCACCGUUACUAUACACAUCGGCCGGAACUUCUUUAACUACUGCGUCAACUUGAUUAUCCCGUGUGCUCUCAUUUCUUGCAUGAUAUUCCUCGGUUUUAUUCUUCCACCGGAAAGCGGAGAGAGGAUUGGUCUCAGUAUCACUGUUCUUCUUGCCAUGACUGUUUUCCAACAGCUCACUUCGCAGAUCUUCCCAUCUUUUGAUUUCCCAUUGCUGGGACAGUACUACUUCGCGACUAGUGUCGAGUUGAGUCUAGCGCUUGGCGCGUCCGCGUUAGUCAUCAACUUCAGCUUCCGGAAGACCACUAGAAUGUCUCCAUUUAUGCGCCGUCUGCUUCUGGUGUGGCUCGCAAAGGUGGUAGGAUUGCGUGACACUGUGAAUAAGUCACGGCCCAAGAGACCGGACGGUAGCUUCAAAGGCACCCCGAGACGUCACAACGCGGAAAAUACUGACAACAGAAAGGAUGAUCGGUUAGUACGCGAGCUUAAUGACGUGAUAAGCAACCCGGGUGGAGAGUAUGAUCUUGGUGGAAGUCACUUUGUAAAUACACGGGGCUCUAUUAAGGCUCACACUAACGGCACGAAGAAUAAGGUGGUCUUUGUGGACGAUGCAUUUGAAUUCUCUGGUGAUCCUGCAAGCGAGACGGAGCGGUCACCAGUUGUAGGAGAGGACGGGGAAGAGUUAAGUGAGGAAGAUCUAACCGUCAGAGAAUGGGAAUGGAAGCUCGCCACGCGCGUCUUAGACAGGCUAUUCUUCUGGAUGUCAGUUUUGAUUGGUUUGGCGACGCUUUUUGCGGUGUUCCCCAGGGCUCCACGACUUCAAAAGGCCUUCGGGUUCUGAGGCAGAAAUUGCGUCAUCAAUGCGAAUGUAAAGUCUGACGGAAUACACAAGGGGCUUGAUCAAGUCAUCUACACACUGCCUAGUACGUGCUUUGAAGCGAAGGGACAAAAUGAAUUUGUGCAGUUCAGUGAGCCCACGAUAGUAGCAGUGCUUCGACCGAGGACCAUGAAAAACAGAGCAUAAAGAAACCCUACGGCGCACAAAGGGACGAGAUGGACUGGGUCAGCUUCCGCUUAUACCCUUGACCCAUUGAACCUCGGCCUUCUCGCCUUCGAUCAAGUUUGAGUGCGGAUGAUUUAACUUCAAAGUUUGUGCACGUUGCCAACUAACAUUAACAUAGUAAAAAGUAAAAGUAUAAUGACACGUAAACGGUACCAUUUUUUACUCUCAAGGACUCAGGACGUAUUUUUUAAACUGAUUUUUCCCCCUCUAGAUCACCCCUCUUAUUAGUAUGCCCUGGUACAGGAGCGCGCACAGGGGUGUGCGUAGGGGGCGCGUACCCCCCCCCCCCCCAAAUAAAUAUUAUGUUUUGUUUCCAUAUGAUACCAUUGACUAUGCACCCUCCCCAGCCAAUCCUGGGGACGCGCCUGCGGACUGGGAACAACCUAUGUAAAACCCAAUACUCAAAGAAGUAGCCAAUAACGUUUAAACUGACAUUUUUACAUGCAAAAGAAUUCUUAAAACCAAGGUGAUAUUCUAGAAUAUACAACUACGUUGAAACAUUCUAGUUAUACUUUGUUUUCUCUUGCUACAAAGAUCGUGAAUACACUUUACUACUAUUUAUUCUAAUAAGCAACCAGCGGCAAUCGCACCUGUUUACUUCCGUCAGGUCGAAAAGACAAAAAUAAUUAUUAGAAUCCGCACUAAUACAGGCCAUAUUCGCUCUAAAUUAUCAGUUAUAUGCUUGGAGAAACUUUCAAAAGACACACUCUGCUUUUCCAUUAAAAACAUCGGAAAUUGUUA